CACACUCGGGUCUCGCAGCACUACGCUCGCUGUGUAUUUGGCGCAGGCGCGCUGUAAAUGCGGUGUGUGUGCGCAUUGUGUGUGUGUGUGUGAACUGCCGGCGAGCUUAAAAAUAUUACCGAGCGGCGGGAAUGUCUGGCAGGUCAGUGCGCGCCGAGACCCGGAGCAGAGCCAAAGAUGACAUCAAACGCGUUAUGGCCGCUAUUGAUAAAGUACGAAAAUGGGAGAAAAAAUGGGUGACGGUUGGAGACACUUCACUGCGUAUCUUCAAAUGGGUUCCAGUGACUGAACCAAAGUCUGACGAUAAUAACAAAAAAAAGAAGGGCAGAGAGGAGAAAUAUGGAUCAGAGUUGACGACUCCGGAGAACAGUUCCUCUCCAGGAAUGAUGGACAUGCACGACGAGAACAGUAAUCAGAGCUCAAUAGCUGAUUCCUCUCCAGUGAAGAUGGAGAACAGCUGUAGCACGAGCCCGACACCAGAGGCCACUGCUGCUGCUCACGAUGAUGGAAACAAGUGCAAGGCAGAACAUACGCCAUCCCCUGACAAAGGGAAUUGUAACUCCACCCCUUCAGAGACCUCAACAAGCAAAACAGAUACUCCGUUAUCAGGGGAGAAGGAGUCCCCAUCAGGCACCUCAACAAACACUCAGGAAAGUGAAGAUGGUUCCCCACCCACAAAGAAAAGUAAAGUGGAAUCAUCUUCUCAGGACUUGGAUAACUAAAGCUGACUAGUUUGCUCCCACGUUUCAAACACGUCACUGUCACGAACCAAUGAGGAAACCCGACCCACUUGACAAACCAUUCCUGAUCUUCAAAUACAGCUUCACCUUCUUCUUCAUCUUCUCACCUGGAGCGAACGUUUGCAGACGUCACUGUGCCAGUGAACCGAGGUUGAUGGCAAACACUGACCUGAUCCUUUGAGAAACCUGCAGCCUCGCUCCAUCCAGUUCAUGCACGAUAUACAGCGUUAGUUUAACAGUAACGAGAGUGAAUGCACUGCAUAGAUUUGUCAAGAUAAAAGAUGGAUUUGCUGCUGUGAUCAUCUUUAUUUAAAAAAAAAUUAUUAUUUAAUUUAAUGACUCUACUAGUUGUUUUCUAACUAUUUUGUAGAUUGUUGUAUGGUUAUAGUGCAGGUGUUUGGUUUGUUUAUAGAUUCUCUACUGGUUUGUGUGCCUUCUGGCUCCAUGAUGUGUGCUCUUUUU